AUCUGCCCCAAGACACCACUAACAAUGAACUGGGUGGUAGCGCCUAUGGGUAUUGUUCAGCACCCAUGCCAGAGUGGCGUCGGUUUCUGGCGGCCGAUGCAGCUUGAUUCCGCCCCGCCUUCGGUCACUUCUGCCCCAACUUGAAGUUCCUGCAAAUGAGUAAUCGGGCAUUUUACCAGUUCCCAAGAACCUGCUAUCACUUCGUCAUUAUCUGUGGGAACCAGGCAGACAUAAAUCUUAGCUCGUGACAAACAGCAGAAGUCAUGGCUGGAAUGACUGACGAGCAGCUGGGCGAGGUCUACGCCUUCGCUGUGCAGCUGGGCAAGGAUGCCGGAAACAUGCUCAUGGAUGCCGCUAAGGCAAGGCUCGGAGACGCAGGACAGAGCGGCCAGGCAUUUACAGAGAAGGACAGCGCUGUAGAUAUUGUCACCAAGACAGACGAAGACGUGGAGGCCUUCAUCCAUCGUUCCAUCUCCCUGAAAUAUCCCGACCACAAGUUUAUCGGCGAGGAGACCUACUCGAAAGGUGACUCGCGCGACUACCUCAUUGGCGAGACGGACCCGACGUGGUGCGUCGACCCCCUAGACGGCACCGUCAACUACACCCACCUGUUCCCCAUGUUCUGCGUCUCAAUCGCCUUCAUCCUGGGCGGCCGGCCCGUGAUCGGCGUCAUCUACGCCCCCUUCCUCAACCAGCUCUUUACGUCCUGCCGGGGCCGGGGCGCCUGGCUGAACGACAACCAGCGCCUGCCCCUCAUCCGCUACCCCGUGCCCCCGAUCCCCGAGGAGGCUCCCUCCGGCUGCAUCUUCGCGUGCGAGUGGGGGAAGGACAGGCAAGACAGGCCUGACGGUAACAUGUACCGCAAGGUCGAGAGCUUCGUCAACAUGGCCGCCGAGAUUGGGGGUCGGCAGGGCAAGGGGGGGAUGGUCCAUGGGAUGCGCAGUUUGGGAAGCGCGACAUUAGACCUCGCUUACACGGCCAUGGGGUCUUUCGAUAUAUGGUGGGAGGGCGGUUGCUGGGAGUGGGACGUCGCGGCGGGAAUAGCUAUUCUGCAGGAGGCCGGUGGCCUGGUGACGUCUGCGAACCCCCCAGAGGACCCGUCCACCGCCGAGAUUCAAGAUGUCCGCCUUGGAAGCAGGUUAUAUCUCGCAAUAAGGCCGGCCGGACCAUCAUCAACCGAGACAGGACGGCAAGGCCAGGAGAGGCUCGUGCGGGAGGUGUGGCGGAGGGUAAGAGAGUUGGAUUAUAGAAGACCAGGCGCUUGAGCGGCCAGUUUCUCGAGGGUUCUUUUGAGGAACCAGAUCAGUAGUUAGGUCUUGUGACGACCAGCGAAUCCAUGGUGUUGUAGAUAUUUUCCUUCUCUCUCCCUUAAUUAUUUGGGGGUUCUUCUCUCUCCCUCUCUCUCUCCCUUCCUCUCGCCCCUUUCUUGCUACCACAACGAGGAUUGGAGAUUCGUGCCUUAAAUCAGUAUAUAAGCAC